UAAGGGGCUCAUGGAGGGAGGGGGGAAUCUCAGAGGGGAAGAAGGGCCAGAUGAUGGUUGGUCCUCUUCGGGCCAAUGGAGGGGCCUUGUUGCUUUGGCAACAUGAAACACUGGGCUUCAUAGGGGGACUGUUUACUGGUAAUAAGUAGUCACUUUACUCUGAGUGUCCAAAGAGUAACAUUGGUCCUCUUUGGACACUUAGAAACAACAAAAAUGUCAACUCUGCAGAAGUAUUGACUCUCUUGUAUUUAGCUGGAGGAGAGCAACUGUCCUUGAUCAACCCUAGAUUGUGAGCCCUUUGGGGAAUGGGACCAUCUUGUUUCUUUUUCUAUGUAAACCACUUCGGGAAUAUUUUGGGGUGAAAAUUGAUAUAUCAAUAUUCAUGUAAGUAUGGAUAGUACAGACGGUGAGACUUUUGAGUGUGUCGGGGCAGAGCCUGCUGGUGUCUCUCAGGACACUGUACACAGCUACAGCUUCCUUUUGCUUUUGGAUGCCCACAGAGCUAUUGUGUUCAGUGGCAGAAAAGUGAUUCCGGUCUCCCAGGAAAGUAUUCCAUGUCUCUGUUAAAGAUACCAACAGAUAUACUCAAUUCUUUCACUUUAUUAAAUCUGUGAACUUAUUAAUUCCCACUAGUUCACUUAUUUUAAUCAACCGUUCUGUUACAGCAAGUGUCGGUGGGAUAGAAAUUUCUCAGUAAAUUGAUCAAGAAAAACAAAGAGCUGUUCUUCUGGUGGCAAGCAUGAAUUGUUCCCUUUGCUAAGCAGCAUUCACCCUGGUUUGCAUUUGAAUGGGAGCCUACAUGCGAACACUUUAAGAUAUUUUCCUUAGGGGAUGGGGCUGCUCUGGGAAGAGCACCUGCAUGCUUGCAUACAGAAGGUUCCAAGUUCCCUCCCUGGUAUCUGCAAGAGAGGGCUGAGAGUGACUCCUGCCUGCAACCUUGGAGAAGCUGCUGCCAGUCUGUGUAGACAAUCCUGAGCUAGCUGGACCAAUGGUCUGACUCAGUAUAAAGCAGCUUCCUAUGUUCCUAACAAUGGCAUGCUUUUCCCUGAGAAGCCUGCCUGACACCAACUCACACAGUCCCAGGCCUUUUCUCUCUCCAGCAUAUGGAACAAUUGCUUUUUCAUUUGUGUUUUGCUUUUAUUUUAUUUGGAUUGAUUGAUUAAUUUUAUCCCUUGGGUAUGGUGGCUGCUUCUGCUGUUUUGUGAUGCUGAGGACAGAGGGUGUGAUUUUAUUGUUAGUAUUACAAAUAUACUAUUAAAUGUACAAUUUGUCAUCCAAAAAAAGUUGAAAACAUGUUUUACAUAGAAAAAGAAAUAAGAUGGUUCCCUGUCUCUAAAAGGCUUAAAAGCUUAAAAGAAACACAAGGUAGACACCAACAAUAAAAACUGGAAAAGUGCUGUGCUGGGCUUAGAUGGGGCCAGUUGCUAUCCCCCUGCUUAAAUAUAAAAGAGCCUUCACUUUAAAAGGUGCCUUUCUGCACCUUUAAGUCUAACUGAGUUAGGGCUAAGUUAGCCCCUAAAUAGGCCCCUAAUUUAGCAGGGGUUGUUUAAUUCUUUUCUUUCACUGAUAGACCACACAGGGAGAUUUGGCUCAUAGAUGGCUAACAAUACUUCAAACUGAUAAAUAAAUGCAAAAAAGGAAAUAUAAGACAGACACCAUGUAAAAAUAUAUCUAAAAAGGAAAUAUAAGACAGACACCAGCAAGAGCCACUGGAGGGAUGCUGUGCUGGGGAUGAAUAGGGCCAGUAGCUCUCCUCUUGCUAAAGAGAAUCACCGCUUCUUAAAGGCACUGGAGGGUCUUCACUUAACUGCUACCCACAGACCUGGGUGCUUCCUUCUCCGGGCAUGCUGGGAAGAGCCAUAAGAGCUGAAGCAAUGGCAUGGGAGACAUAUUCAUCUCUUCUUUCUGGUAGAGUGGAAAGAGAUGUGAUGCAGCCACCUCAGCAGCUGGUGACCUUUGAGGAGGUGGCAGUGUACUUCACCAAGGAGGAGUGGGACCUUCUGGAUCUAGACCAGAAAGCUUUGUACAAGGAUGUCAUUCUGGAGAACUUUUGGAAUGUCUUCUUUCUGGAAAUGGAAACUCGGACUGCUAAUCAUGACAAGAGACCAAAACGAAAAGAGAAGAGCGGGGCUCAAAAGCGUCGGUUGAAGAAAGCAAGGUUAGAGAUGGAGGCCAAGCUACCACAGAUUGUGUCAUUUUUCACAAUGACCAGCCAAGACGCUUCAAUGAAGGAAGAUAAGGUGACUCAGACUGCAGAAACUGCAACAGUGAGUGACAUCUGCCACGGCUCUGGUCCUGCAGAAAAUGAACAAAGUGAACAUGCACAGCAGUUAAUGCCUACUGAGCAAAGUGAGUUGAUUCAAAAGAGAGGACGUGAAGGAGAGACCAGAGAAUGUGUUAACAAGACGUUUAAUGUGGAUUUGAUCUCCAAACAAUUUCCUACUGACAAAGAACUCUUCAGUGAACCCCUUAGUUCAGAUGAAAAGAGCUUCAUUGUUUCAAAUGGACCGUGCCAGCCACCAGGUCCAUUUCCACAGCACGGCAAGUCCAACAGACGUUUUUCAAAACGUUUUUAUUCAGCAUUUAGUAAUAGUGGUCUAAUACUGCAGCGGACAUGGCUGUGCUACUCGCCAACUUCAGACCAAGCCUACUGUCAACCAUGCUGGCUUUUUUCUCAUAACCGAGAGGGAGGAUGGGUGAAAGGAAUUCGUGAUUGGCAUAAUCUGAAAAGGAAGAUAGACGCCCAUGAAGGUGCUGUUGGCCAUCAGGAGUGUAUCGCUGUUCUGGAUCACUGGCAGCUGAAAAAAACGGUGUCGGCAGAUGCAGAAGCUGCGAUCAGGAAAGAGGCAAACUUCUGGAGGCAGGUACUUGAUAGAAUCAUCAAUGUUACACUGACCUUGGCUAUGUCUAACCUGGAAUUUAGAAGUCACAGGGAAGAUGUGAGCUCAGGUGGAAACCAUGGAAAUUUUCUCUCCAUCAUCACAUUACUUGCAAAAUAUGACCCUGUAUUACAACAAUUGCUAAAUAUUCCAGAGCGAGAAGUGAAUUACCUGAGCCCUAAUGUGCAAAAUGAACUGAUUAAUAUACUCUCACAAAGCAUCAAGGAAGGAAUAGUAAAGGAUGCCAACAAAGCUGCAUUUUUCUCUGUCAUCAUAGAAACAACGCAGGAUGCUAGAAAGACUGAUCAGCUCAGCCAGGUAGUCCGCUUUGUUUCUGUUGAGACAGACGAAAAGGAUCAGCCAGUAGAAAUAAAAAUACAUGAAACAUUCUUGGGCUUUCUGGUGGAAGAUCAGUCUGCAUCUGGCUUCACACAGAGUAUUUUGAACACUAUGGUAAGCAAUAAACUGGACCUCUUAAAAUUGCGAGGCCAAAGUUACGAUGGAGCUGCAAACAUGAGUGGGGUCUACAAUGUUGUGCAAGCUAGAAUUCAGGCUCUACAGCCAAAGGCAACUUAUGUGCAUUGUGCUGCCCACAACCUAAACCUAGUUUUGAAUGAUGCUGUGUCCAGUGUUCCAGAAGUAAGGAACUUCUUUGGAGUUGUGGAAAGAAUCUACAUUUUCUUUGCACAUAGCAUCAAGGAAUGGCAUACACUAUCCCUCUUAACAUCUCGAUCAAAAACCACACUGAACAAACUUUGUCCAACCAGAUGGUCUUCACUUCAUGAGGCUCUGGUAGCCCUUCAGUGCCACUUCACAGAUAUCCUCAAAGUGCUUGUUGAAAUCAUUCUCCUAAGCAAGAAGGAAGAUGAAAUCUCAGAAGCCAAAGCUCUGAAAUCCAAAAUGGAGCAGUUCCCGUUCAUCUUCCUUGUUGUGCUGCUCUCUAACAUUUUAGAACCUGUUAAUGCUGUUUCAAAGAUGCUACAGUCCCCACAAACUGACCUCAGCAAAGCUGCAAGCUAUCUCCAAACCAUUCAUGCUAAUUGGCAAGAGAACAAAAAUAAUUAUGACUCCUUCCGCAAAACUGCAGCAAAAAUGUCGGAAACGUGGGGCAUCUCCCAGGUGUUUGAGGAACAACGCAUGCGAAAGGUGAAGAGCUUUCAGGACGAGUUAUGCGAGGAUCAAAGAUCAACAUGUGCAGAGGACAGAUUUCGAGUCAAUGUGUUCCUCUGUGUACUGGAUAUAGCUUCCUCACAGUUGAAACAACGCUUUGAGGGCCUACAUGAAGUUGUUACUACCUUCAGUGCUCUUCACCCAUCCACACUGACAUCAGCAACUGAUGAGGACUUACUUCAAGCAGGAGAGGUUUUGGUCAGGAAAUAUGAUAGGGACUUGAAAACUUCUCUUCCAAGACACUUGAUACAGUUCAGACAUUUAUUGAAAAAAGAAAUUUCCAAAAAAACCACCAUAAAGGAAGUUGCUGAACUGCUGAUGAUUGAUCAUUGUGGCCUUAGCUGCAGUUUCCCGGAUGUCUGCACUGCGUAUAUGCUUUUCCUGACCCUACCUGUAACAGUAGCAUCUUCUGAGCGAUCACUCUCAAAACCGAAACUUAUCAAAAACUAUCUGAGGAGUUCUAUGUCUCAGGAAAGACUCAGUGGCCUUGCUCUGCUAUCUAUUGAAAAUGAACGUGCCAAGAAAGUGGAUAUACAAAAGAUCAUAGACAACUUUGCUGAACUGAAAGCACGCACGAGGCCAUUGCUUUAAGAUCUGGAUGGUGUUGUGGGAUAUCAUAGUAUAUGGGGGGUGGUGAGAUGUCAUAGUUGGGAUACGUAAUAAAGUUCUGCAUUAAUACUGUUGUGUUAGUUGGUUAUUUACACCAUGUAACUGCAAUUGGGAUAGAUGGCAAGAGACAUGGGGCCAGGAGAAGGAGAGGAAGGCAGCAAGGGGCCCAUUUUAAAAUCUCGUCCCCUCAUAAUUGUAUUCAUUUCACAGAUUUUCAUUGCAAGCAAAAAGGUUUGAUAUGAUUCUGUUUCUGAACGGUUUCAAAACUGGGCCAAAAUUUCUGAAUCAGUUACUGGAGCACUUAUAGUUAGUGGCAGACAUUCUUAUUAAAUUUAGGAACAUAGGAAGCUGCCAUAUACUCAGUCAGACCAUUGGUCCUUCCAGCUCAGUAUUGUCUUCACAAACUGGCAGCAGCUUCUCCAAGGUUGCAAGCAGGAAUCUCUCUCAGCCCUAUCUUGGAGAAGCCAGGGAUGGAACUUGCAACCUUCUGCUCUUCCCUGAGGGGAAUAUCUUACAGUGCUCACACUUCUAGGCUCCCAUUCAUAUGCAACCAGGGCAGACCCUGCUUAGCUAUGGGGGCAAGUCAUGCUUGCUAACACAAGACCAGCUCUCUUCCCUACCAUGAUCAGUGGAUAAAAUUCAGCAAAAUAGGCCAUCAUUCCCAGGUAAUAACAUUCAGCAAAAAUAGCAAAAUGCAAAUGGAAAAGCAGUUGCUGCUUUUAUGCUGGAGUGUGGGAAGGCCUGUGGCAUAUAGGAAUGUCUUUCCUUGCUGCUGAAAUGAAAUCAGAGUUGGGGUCAGGCAGCUUCUUGGGGGAAGGCAUGCCAUGGUUUUUCUUGAUCCAUUUAUUGGGAAAUUUCUAUCUCAUCUAUACCCACUGUCAAGCUUAUAGAUUGAAUCAAAUGAAAGAAUGGGGUAUAUCUGUCUACAGAGACAUGGAAGCUAUUCUCAGCGCCUGGUUUUGGCGGGGGGGGGGCAGAAGGAAGGGAAUGCAACCAACCAAAUAAGUCCUCCAGAAUGUUCCAGGGGGCAGGAGCCAGUUGAAAGAGGGGAACGGAGAGACUGGCAGCAGUUAGAACAAUUGUUGCUCUGAGGAGGGACAGAGAAAUAGGGAGAAGAACAAAGAAAAAAAGGAAGAGAGAAAAGGGCAGAAAGAAAGGCAAAGAGAAGGAAAGGAAAGAGGACACAGAAAGGGAAAGAAAAGAAGAAAUAACGGAAAGCAGUGAGUCUUUUUUCCUGUCUAUUACUGAGGGCAACUGGGCCCAGUCAUUUAAAAACUAUCUAAAAGUACAUAUCUUUAAAAGAGAGAAAUCAUAUCACCGUUGUCUUUAUAAACUGUAGCAUGCUUAUAAUUUUUGCUAUACAUUUCCGUAUUAUUACCUAUUUAUUCUGGUUACCCUAUAUGUUUUAUUGCCCUAUAUGUUUACUUUUAAUAUAAUUUGAUGAGUAAAUCUAUUUAUUUUCAAUAUUGUUUGUAUUCAGUUUGCUUUAAAAAAAAUUGUUUGAUUUCUAUACCGCUUCUAAUUAAAAUAAUCUCAAAGCA